UUGUAUAAUAAUACAUUAAUCCACACCGCCAAACAGUAUAUAUAUAGUAUCUAUAAUUAUAUACCCAAGUUAUAAGUGAGGGAUCAGAUCGAGGAGGUAGCAGAUCGAUCGAGAUGCCACAAGAAAGCGACCAUAAUUCAAUUCUAAACACUCCAUGCAAGAACUUAAGAGGAUUAAAGGCUUUGAUCAGUAACAAUGAAGCUUCCUACACGGAGGAGAUUAUCAACGACCAUGAAUUAGCUCAGAGGAAAGCUGGAGAAGCAGCUUCAAGAAGGUACCAAGCCGCAGAAUGGCUGCGUCAGAUGGACCAUGGCGCAUCAGCAACGCUGCCCAAAGAAGCCUCCGAGGAAGAGUUCUGCCUUGCACUUCGCAAUGGCCUCAUUCUCUGCAACGUCCUCAACAAAGUCAAUCCUGGCGCUGUUCUCAAGGUGGUGGAAAAUCCAAUACUCGCGGUUCAGUCCGCAGAGGGAGCAGCGCAGUCUGCAAUUCAGUAUUUUGAGAACAUGAGGAAUUUCCUGGAGGCUGUCAAAGAAAUGAAGCUCUUGACAUUUGAAGCAUCCGAUCUGGAAAAGGGGGGCUCAUCAAAUAAAGUUGUGGACUGCAUUCUAUGCCUGAAAGGAUACCAUGAGUGGAAGCUAAGUGGUGGAAUUGGGGUUUGGAGGUACGGAGGUACUGUGAAGAUCAUAUCUUUCCCAAAGGGGUCUCCAUCCUCCAUACUUAGCAGUGAAAGUGCUGAUGAAUCAGUGGAUGAAUCCGACUCAUCACAAUAUGAACAGCUGUUAGAAUUCCUACAUCUUUCUAGUGAGGUUUCAAUUGAAGAAUCCAGAACUGCUAAUGCUCUAGCUUUCCUCUUUGAUCGUUUUGGACUUGGACUUCUACAGGCGUACCUUAAAGAGAGUAAUGGGAUUGAAGACUUGCCUUUGAAUGCAAUGAUCAUUGAUACUUUGCUCAGUAAAGUAGUCAAAGAUUUCUCAGCACUGCUUGUUUCCCAAGGCACUCAGCUUGGAUUGUUUUUGAAGAAAAUAUUGAAAGGCGAUACUGGUUCCUUAUCAAAGUAUGAAUUUAUAGCAGCCAUUUCACAAUACCUUAAUCAAAGAUCUAGUUUGGCGUCAAGUGACAUCUCCAAGUUCUGUGUCUGCGGUGGGAAACUUAAUGAAUCUCGGCAUGAUGCCAAGCUUUCUGCUGGCCAUGCAGAACUGCUUGACAUUCAACAGAAACAACUUGAGUUGAAAUCAUCUUUCGGAAAAACAAAGUCGGAGGUGAAGCGGGCCCACUCAGACUGGCAGCAAGAACUUAGUAGGCUUGAGAAUUAUAUAAAGGGGCUUGAAGUGACCUCCUCUUCCUAUCACAAGAUUUUAGAGGAAAACCGCGUACUUUACAAUCAAGUCCAAGACCUCAAAGGAGCUAUUAGGGUUUAUUGUAGAGUGAGGCCCUUCUUACCUGGGCAACCAAACGGGCAGUCUACUGUAGACUACAUAGGAGAAAAUGGAAAUAUCAUGAUUUUCAAUCCCCUUAAGCGGGGAAAAGAUGCAAGAAGGGUAUUUUCAUUCAACAAAGUAUAUGGAACAAAUGUCACUCAAGAGCAAAUAUAUGCUGAUACUCAACCAUUGAUCAGGUCUGUUUUAGAUGGUUUUAACGGUUGCAUCUUUGCAUACGGGCAGACUGGCUCUGGGAAGACCUAUACAAUGAGCGGCCCGGACUUGACAUCUGAAGAGACAUGGGGUGUAAACUAUCGAGCUCUUCGUGACUUGUUUCAACUAUCAAAAGCAAGGGCUGAUAUCGUAAAAUACGAAGUUGGAGUACAGAUGAUUGAAAUAUACAAUGAAAAAGUGAGAGAUCUAUUAGUCAGUGAUGGCUCAAACAGAAGAUUAGAUAUACGAAACAACUCUCAAUUAAAUGGCCUUAAUGUACCCGAUGCAAGCUGGGUUCCAGUUACAUGUACUCAGGAUGUUCUUGACUUGAUGAGGAUUGGCCAAAAGAAUCGUGCUGUGGGUGCUACAGCUCUAAAUGAAAGGAGCAGCCGGUCACAUAGCGUUUUAACUGUUCAUGUUCUUGGAAAGGAGUUAGUUUCUAAUGCCAUUCUUAGGGGUUGCCUUCACCUAGUUGAUUUGGCUGGAAGUGAGAGAGUGGAUAAAUCUGAAGCAGUUGGUGAGAGACUGAAGGAGGCGCAACAUAUAAAUAGAUCACUUUCUGCACUUGGAGAUGUCAUCUCCGCUCUUGCACAGAAGAGUACACAUAUUCCUUACAGGAAUAGCAAGCUUACUCAAGUAUUGCAGGAUUCUUUAGGUGGGCAGGCAAAAACAUUGAUGUUUGUACAUAUAAAUCCUGAACUUAAUGCCCUCGGGGAGACAAUAAGCACACUCAAAUUUGCUGAGAGGGUUGCCUCUAUUGAACUUGGCGCAGCCCGAUCUAACAAAGAAACUGGCGAAAUCCGAGAACUUAAAGAGGAGAUAUCAAACCUUAAACUGGCAUUGGAGAGGAAGGAAACUGAACCGGAGCAAUUUAAAGCUGUGAAUACCAGAAGCACGACAGAAUCCCAAAAACCAAGAGCUGUUUCACCUUUUCAAAUGCCAAAAUUUGGUAUCGGUAACAGCCCAAAGCCUGAAAGUUAUCAGAGACGCAUUGAUGAUACUAAAAGCUUUGAGGCCAGAAGUUGUUCCUCCGGUAAACAGAGGAGGUCAAGAUUUCCCUCUGCCUUCGCAGACAAGGAGAUCACACCAAAGAUACCUUUCGUGAGUGAAGAAAGAUCGGUGAACUCUGGAAAACCAAGGUCACCAUCUCCUCCUGUCAGGAGAUCGAUCUCCACUGAUAGAGGGUCUGUCAUAAAGAGCAGGGUCAGAGUCGACGCAACUGAAAACCAACUAAUUGCAAAAGUACCAUUUCCAGCCAGAGUUCCUGUAAAUAGAUCUAUUGCUGCCAUGCCAAUGAUCCCUUCAACAGAUAGCAAUUCGAGGGUACAUAUUGGUUCACAAGAACCACCAAAGCAUGAUUACAUUUCUGAUGCAAUUUACAGCCUCCCGAAAGCCAGCGCGAAGAAAGUUUACCCAGAACACGAAGAAGAGCAGUUUAAGCAAGCUCUUUAUGUAAGGCAAGGUGGCAUUAGGAAAAACAAGAUUGAAAGUAAAGCCAAGGCAAAGCAUAAUCAACUUCCAGCAAGGAUUCAGAAGUCUGAGGUGGGAACACUGUUGCUCUCUGACGUGGACUUUGCUGGUGAGAAGACGGAGGAAGCACCUAGAAAGAGUGACUUCUCUGAGCCAGAAAAUGAGCAUGGCCAUUCACCAACGCAUGCUGCUCUCAAGGUGAAAAAGCUGCGGCAGAACUUCUCGCGGAUCUCCCAAAAUCUUGAACCAAGGGGACCAGUGGAACCUUUAUUGGCUGAGAAACUUGACAGCAAGGUUCCAAAUGGUAUGAUUCGCCUUCCAAAGGAAGGCACCAACACGUCAAUGCCUGAAUUUAGAAGGAGUCGCUCUACACCGCGCGGGAAAUUUAUGAUUUUGCCUUGAGGAUCUCAAUAUAUAAAGCACUGAAUUUUAUGGCCACUAAUUUUUAUUUUUAUUUUUUUUCCCCCUAUGAAUUUUCUGUACAGUGACUACUAUUAGUAUCGUGGACUUCCAAACUGCAUACUUCUUCUACGAGGAUUACGAUGAUGUUUUGGAGAGCAUUAUGGUGGAACCCUUCGUUUUUACUGAGACGUUUUGGACAUAUUUAUCUGUGAUUCAAAUAUAAAUUAUCUUUGUGUUAAUUUCUGGUACUUAUGAUACUUGUGUGUUGAGUGUCCAUACCUGAAGCAGUUUUUUGCUAAUGUGCAGUCAUUAUUACUUCCGUAUUGGUCAUCCUAUUGAUGUCAAGAA